AUUAACCAACCGACCGAUCCUUCUCUCUCUUCUCUCUCUCUGUGAAACUGUGUCUGAAAGCGAAAAUUGAAGUUUCGGUUUCUUGUUCUUUUUCACAUUUUUGCCCUCAUCUGUCUUUCGCCAAAUCUUCCAUCGAGUUAGGAAAUUUCGUCCUUGCAAUUCUGUGUGUAAAGAAUGUUUUCGUUGUUGGGUGUUCUUUGUUUUGAUAGAAUUUUGCCUAGAAUAACGUAAUUUUAAUCUGAAAUUUUGGAUUUGUUUUGGAGUAUAUGGUGGUCUUUGAAGUAUUUGGGUGGAUCUAGUGCAACUGUUGAAAGCUUGUGGUUGUGGAGAUCUAUUUGUAAAUUUGAUGGGAUUUAUCACGAAAUAAAGCUUGAAUCAGUGGUGUUUUCUGCUUUUUAGAAGAAAUUUUUGCAAGAUCUAGUUGACACUUUGGGUUUAUUUGGAUAUUAUGCUGAUUAGGUGGUAUUGGAAAUUCAAGCAAGAGGGUGUUUUUGGCCUUUGCAAUCUUUCUGGUUCUUAAAAAGAUAUACAGAAAUCAAAGUAUUGUGACUAGAAGUGCAUGCCUGUGUGACUUUGAAUUUAAAGCUUUUGAUUCAGCUUGUCAUUUGAUAGCCUUCUAAUAGUGGGAUUUGUGUUUUGUGACUCAAUUUUGUUUAAUAUUUAUCCUUUUUAACUUGUUUCUAGGAAACCCGUUUGAAAUUUUGUUAGUUUCCUUUAUUUCUGUUUUGCUGGUGAGUUACAUGUAUAUUUUCUAUUUGCCAAUAAAUUGGAUUUGGUUAUUUCCUUCCUUGGUUCCUAUAUUUGAGUGGCUUGUAUCGGUUUUUGGAUUUUUUGUGGUACAUUUUUAGACAUAGGUCUUUGGUAGAGAGAAAAGGGCAGAGUGGAUUUCAUUUGUAACAUGGCAAGUCACUGAUUUACCUAUAGGAAGUUCCUCUAGAACAUCUGAAAGAAUUUUCUUCUUCUUUUUCUAGAGUGUAUUAAUGGCCAGUUCAACUGAACCAUCGUCAUCUUUGAGCUUUACUUCAUCUUCCCAUUUAUCGAAUGGCUCAUUUAGCCAUGCUAAACCGACCUCCUCUGGUUUUGAACCGGGUCCUAGCCUUGAAGAAGUCCUUAGUUUAAGCAAGCUCAGUUCAAAUUUGGAGCAGCUAUUGGUUGAUCCAAGUUGUGAUUAUAGCGAUGCGCAUAUCGUUGUAGAGGGAAUUCCAGUUGGUGUUAAUCGAUGUAUUUUGGCUGCUAGAAGUAGGUUUUUCCAUCAACUGUUUCAGCGAGAGAAGGGAUCUGCUGAGAAGGAAGGAAAACCCAAGUAUUUGAUGAGUGAUUUGUUGCCUUAUGGCAAGGUUGGCUAUGAGGCAUUUCGCAUUUUCUUGAGCUAUUUGUAUACGGCGAAGCUGAAGAAUUCUCCAGUGGAGGUGUCAACUUGUGUUGACAAUGUUUGUGUCCAUGAUUCAUGUAGACCCGCAAUUAAUUUUGCGGUGGAAUUGAUGUACGCCUCUUCCGUUUUUCAGAUACCAGAGCUGGUUUCACUUUUGCAGCGACGUUUCCUUAACUUUGUUGCGAAGGCUGUUGUAGAAGAUGUCAUCCCAAUCCUCGUGGUUGCUUUCCAUUGUCAAUUGAGUCAGGUUGUCACCCAAUGUGUUAAUAGGGUAGCACGAUCAGAUCUUGACAGCAUCUCUCUUGAGAAAGAGCUACCUUAUGAAAUUGCAGAGAACAUUAAAUUGCUUCGUCUCAAGUCUCAGCCUGAUGAUGAACAUGAUAUCGAAGCUGUGGAACCCUUGCGUGAAAAGAGAAUCAGGAGAAUACACAAGGCAUUAGACUCUGAUGAUGUUGAACUAGUGAAACUUCUCCUGACCGAGUCUGAUACAACCUUAGAUGAAGCCAAUGCUCUCCAUUAUUCUGUAGCAUACUGCGAUCCUAAGGUCGUGACCGAGGUGCUUGGUCUGGGUUUGGCCGAUGUCAACCUUCGAAAUAAUCGGGGUUACACAGUACUCCAAAUAGCUGCAAGGCGUAAGGAGCCAUCAAUAAUAGUAUCACUUCUGAACAAAGGAGCUUCUGCAUUAGAAUUGACAUUGGAUGGUCAGAGUUCGGUUAGUAUUUGCCGGAGGUUGACAAGGCCAAAGGAUUAUCACGCAAAAACGGAGCAGGGCCAGGAAGCAAACAAGGACAGGUUAUGCAUUGAUGUUCUAGAGAGAGAAAUGCGAAGGAAUCCAAUGGGCGGAGAUGCACUUAUUUCUUCCCACACAGUUGCUGAUGAUCUGCACAUGAAGUUGCUGUACCUGGAAAACCGAGUGGCAUUUGCACGAUUGUUUUUCCCAACGGAAGCUAAGGUAGCCAUCCACAUUGCACAUGCUGAGACAACAUCCCAGUUUGCUGGUCUUUCUGCAUCAAAACGUUUGAUUGGGAAUUUGAGGGAGGUUGAUUUGAAUGAGACUCCAGUUAUGCAGAACAAGAGACUGUGCUCUCAGAUGGAAGCCCUUAUGAAAACAGUGGAGAUGGGUCGACGCUAUUUUCCUCAUUGCUCAGAAGUGCUGGACAAGUUCAUGGAGGAUGACCUCCCCGAUUUGUUUUACCUUGAGAAGGGCACCCCAGUUGAGCAGAGAAUCAAGAGGAGGCGCUUCAUGGAGCUCAAAGAAGAAGUUCAGAAGGCAUUUGAUAAGGACAAGGCUGAAUCAGGUCGCUCUGGAUUGUCUUCCUCAUCAUCCUCGUCUUCUCCAAAAGAUGGUGUAAAUUAUAAGGUUAGGAAGUAGUGAGGGCAUGCAAAUUUUGUCUAAGUAAGCCUGAUAAUGAAUAGAAAAUUCUUUUGAAAAUUAUACUUGCGUGAGCCUCAUAAAUGUUGGCUCAUUCCGUCUAUAAGCUAGCAAAAUCGUUCUACGUUUGAAGUUUUGUAGAAAGUGGUGAUCUUAACAGUUAGGAGUUUCUUGAAUGGAAGAAAAUUGCAGCCGUUCUUUUUAUUUA